AUGGCUCCGGGACAACCGCCACCUGGAUCUCCCCGUGGGCGUUCAUCCGUUCCCAUGUCGCCUGGGAUGAUGAGUCCCCGAGGGACAUCAUCUACUAGGGGUAACCAAGGUCAAAACCCCGUGCAUCCCAACUUUCCAGCUCCCAUGAUCCCGCAUGGCGACCCAGCACGAGACAACGUAACUCCGUAUGCUAUGGAUGAUGUGAUAUAUCGGUGA